GGGGAGCCGAGCGCGAGGGAGCGAGCGGCGAGACAGGCGCCGAGGCUCCACCGCGCAGCGACGAGCGAGCCCGGGAGGAGGGAGGGAGCGAGCGAGCGAGCAGCCCGCGCCGCCGCCUCGCAAUCCGCCGCCAUCCCGCCGCCCCCGUGCCCGACCGCCGCCCGACUGCCAUCGCCCGGCCCGGCCGCGCCCGCGGAACCAGACCAGAGAUGGCGUUUUGCUGUAUUGCCCAGACUGAUCUCAAAUUCCUCACCUCAAGCGAUCCUCUCACUUCGGACUCUCAGAGUGUGGGGAUUACAGGCAGAUCGGGAGCGGUGCCGAGAAAAAUUUCCUUACUAGAUGACAUUUCAUCGCAAUGUCCGAUCGUUUGGGGCAAAUUACCAAGGGCAAGGAUGGGAAAAGCAAGUACUCGACUCUCAGCCUGUUUGAUAAGUAUAAAGGAAAAUCAGUAGACGCGAUUAGAUCCUCAGUUAUUCCUAGACAUGGCUUACAGAGUCUUGGGAAAGUUGCUGCAGCCCGGCGCAUGCCACCGCCUGCAAACCUGCCAAGCUUGAAGUCUGAAAACAAAGGAAACGACCCCAACAUCGUGAUAGUACCCAAGGACGGGACGGGAUGGGCAAACAAGCAGGAUCAGCAAGACCCAAAGAGUUCCAGUGCGACGGCCUCUCAGCUGCCGGAGUCGCUGCCGCAGCCGGGUUUGCAGAAAUCUGUCUCCAAUUUGCAGAAACCGACACAGUCAAUCAGUCAGGAGAAUACAAAUUCAGUGCCAGGUGGACCAAAGUCAUGGGCACAGCUGAAUGGAAAGCCAGUAGGACACGAAGGUGGUUUAAGGGGCUCAAGCCGACUGUUAUCCUUCUCUCCCGAGGAAUUUCCGACGCUGAAAGCAGCUGGAGGGCAGGACAAGGCUGGCAAAGAAAAGGGCGUCUUAGAUCUGUCGUAUGGGCCAGGACCAAGCCUCCGCCCUCAGAAUGUGACAAGCUGGAGGGAGGGCGGUGGGCGACACAUAAUUUCUGCCACGUCUCUGAGCACCUCCCCAACUGAGCUGGGCAGCAGGAACUCGAGUACGGGAGAUGGAGCCCCCUCCUCGGCAUGUACCAGCGAUUCUAAGGACCCCUCUCUCCGCCCGGCUCAGCCUGUCCGAAAAGGGGCUUCACAGUUCAUGGGAAAUGUAUACCACCCACCUACAUACCAUGACAUGCUUCCUGCUUUUAUGUGUUCGCCGAAGUCAUCAGAAAACCAGGGUACAGUGGAACGAGGCUCUUUUCCCCUUCCUCAGCUCCGCCUUGAACCUCGAGUUCCUUUUAGACAGUUCCAGAUGAAUGACCAAGACGGAAAAGAAAACAGGCUGGGAUUGUCUCGCCCACUCCGCCCACUAAGGCAGCUGGUGGAGCGGGCACCACGGCCCACCAUUAUCAAUGCGGAAAACCUGAAGGGCCUUGACGAUCUGGACGCCGAUGCCGAUGAUGGCUGGGCAGGCCUCCAUGAAGAAGUGGACUAUUCUGAGAAACUGAAGUUCAGUGAUGAUGAAGAGGAGGAAGAAGUUGUGAAGGACGGCAGGCCAAAGUGGAACAGUUGGGACCCUAGGAGGCAGCGGCAGUUGUCAAUGAGCUCUGCAGACAGUGCGGACGCUAAGCGGACUCAAGAGGAAGGGAAGGACUGGGCUGAAGCAGUGGGUGCGUCCCGUGUCGUCCGAAAGGCGCCAGACCCUCAGCCACCGUCCAGGAAGCUUCAUGGCUGGGCACCAGGCCCUGACUACCAGAAGUCGUCAAUGGGCAGCAUGUUCCGGCAACAGUCCAUCGAGGACAAGGAGGACAAGCCCCCACCAAGGCAGAAGUUCAUUCAGUCAGAGAUGUCCGAGGCAGUGGAGCGAGCCCGAAAGCGCCGGGAAGAAGAGGAGCGCCGAGCCAGGGAGGAGAGGCUGGCCGCCUGUGCUGCCAAACUCAAGCAGCUGGACCAGAAGUGUAAGCAGGCACGAAAGGCAGGUGAGGCCCGGAAGCAGGCAGAGAAGGAAGUGCCCCGGUCUCCAAGUGCUGAGAAGGCAUCUCCCCAGGAAAACGGCCCUGCUGUCCACAAAGGCUCCCCAGAAUUCCCUGCCCAAGAGACCCCCACCACAUUCCCAGAAGAGGCACCCACAGUGUCCCCAGCAGUGGCACAGAGCAACAGCAGUGAGGAAGAGGCCAGAGAGGCUGGGUCCCCUGCACAGGAGUUCAAGUAUCAGAAGUCCCUUCCUCCCCGAUUCCAGCGCCAGCAGCAGCAACAACAGCAGGAGCAGCUGUACAAGAUGCAGCACUGGCAGCCGGUGUACCCCCCGCCGUCCCACCCCCAGCGCACCUUUUACCCACACCACCCCCAGAUGUUGGGCUUCGAUCCCAGGUGGAUGAUGAUGCCUUCCUACAUGGACCCACGUAUCACGCCCACUCGGACCCCGGUGGACUUCUACCCCUCCGCCCUGCAUCCCUCAGGACUGAUGAAGCCCAUGAUGCCCCAAGAGUCCCUCAAUGGGACAGGCUGUCGCUCUGAGGAUCAGAACUGUGUGCCCCCACUCCAAGAAAGAAAAGUGACCCCCAUCGACUCACCCCCUGUGUGGAGCCCAGAGGGCUACAUGGCACUGCAGAGCAAGGGCUACCCGCUCCCACACCCGAAGUCGAGUGACACCUUGGCUAUGGACAUGCGUGUCAGGAAUGAAAGCUCUUUCUCUGCCUCACUCGGAAGGGCAGGGGGCAUAAGUGCCCAGCGCGAUCUCUUUGAGGAGAGAGGGGAGGAGUACUUGAGUGCUUUUGACAAGAAGGCCCAAGCAGACUUUGACAGCUGUAUCUCUUCUCAAAGAAUAGGCCAGGAGCUUUUGUUUCCACCCCAAGAAAAUGUUCAGGAUGCAGAUGCUCCUGGGGGUCACACCCAAAACCUCAGGUGUUCCCCAUUGGAGCCUGACUUUGUCCCAGAUGAGAAAAAGCCAGAGUGUGGCAGUUGGGAUGUUAGCCACCAGCCAGAGACCGCUGACACAGCCCAUGGUGUUGAGCGGGAGACACCCCGGGAGGGGACGGCCUUUAACAUCUCCUCCUGGGACAAGAACGGGAGCCCCAACAAACAGCCGUCCUCGGAGCCUGAAUGGACUCCCGAGCCCCGGAGCUCCGGCAGCCAGCACCCGGAGCAGACGGGCAGGACCCGGAGGUCGGGACCCAUCAAGAAACCAGUCCUGAAAGCCCUCAAGGUGGAAGACAAGGAGAAGGAGCUCGAGAAGAUUAAGCAGGAGCUAGGGGAGGAGAGUACCCGGCUGGCCAAGGAGAAGGAGCAGAGCCCCACGGCAGAAAAGGAUGAGGACGAAGAGAACGAUGCCUCUCUGGCCAACUCCUCCACCACCACUUUGGAGGACAAAGGCCCUGGCCAUGCCACUUUUGGCCGCGAGGCCACCAAAUUUGAAGAGGAGGAGAAACCUGACAAGGCCUGGGAAGCCAGACCCCCACGAGAGUCCAGCGAUGUUCCCCCCACGAAGAGAAAUAACUGGAUCUUUAUUGAUGAGGAGCAAGCCUUUGGGGUCAGAGGGCAGGCCCGGGGCCGGGGCCGUGGUUUCAGAGAGUUCACUUUUCGUGGUCGGCCUGCUGGCGGAAAUGGGAGCGGCCUCUGUGGUGGGGGGGUCCUGGGGGCCCGCAGCAUCUACUGCAGCAGUCAGCGCAGCGGCCGUGGCCGGGGCCUGCGAGAGUUUGCGCGGCCAGAGGACUGCCCCAGAGCCAAGCCCCGACGGAGAGUUGCCAGUGAGACCCAUAGCGAGGGCUCAGAGUAUGAAGAACUUCCCAAGCGCCGCCGGCAGAGGGGCUCCGAGAACGGGAAUGAAGGCUCGCUCCUGGAGAGGGAGGAGAGCACCUUGAAGAAAGGCGACUGCAGAGAUUCUUGGCGGUCCAACAAGGUGUGCUCUGAGGACCACAGCGGUCUAGAUGCCAAGAGCCGAGGCCCUCGGGCCUUUGGGCGAGCCCUCCCUCCCCGGCUGAGCAAUUGCGGGUAUGGACGGAGAACCUUCGUCUCCAAAGAGUCACCCCACUGGCAGAGCAAAAGUCCAGGCAGCUCUUGGCAGGAAUAUGGCCCUUCCGACACAUGCGGAUCCCGGCGACCUACAGACAGAGACUAUGUCCCAGAUUCCUACAGACACCCUGAUGCAUUUGGUGGCCGGGGCUUUGAGGACAGCCGCGCGGAGGACAAGAGAUCCUUCUUCCAAGAUGAACACGUGGCAGAUUCUGAAAAUGCAGAGAACCGGCCCUUCAGGAGAAGGCGCCCCCCACGCCAAGAUAAGCCCCCUCGCUUCCGGCGCCUCCGGCAAGAGCGGGAGUCCCUGGGCCUGUGGGGACCCGAGGAGGAGCCCCAUCUGCUGGCAGGUCAGUGGCCAGGCAGGCCCAAACUGUGUUCUGGGGACAAGAGUGGCACUGUGGGCCGCAGGUCCCCUGAGCUCUCCUACCAGAACUCCUCCGAUCACGCCAAUGAGGAGUGGGAGACGGCCUCCGAAAGCAGCGACUUCAGCGAGCGGCGGGAGCGGCGGGAAGGCCCUGGGUCCGAGCCCGACUCCCAGGUGGAUGGUGGCCUGUCGGGGGCUAGUUUGGGUGAGAAGAAGGAGCUGGCCAAGAGGAGCUUCUCCAGUCAGAGACCCCUGGUUGACAGACAGAGCCGAAAGCUGGAGCCGGGAGGGUUUGGGGAGAAGCCUGUUAGGCCAGGUGGUGGUGACACCUCCCCUCGCUAUGAGAGCCAACAGAAUGGGACGCCUUUGAAAGUGAAAAGAUCCCCAGACGAGGCCUUGCCUGGAGGUCUUAGUGGCUGCAGCAGUGGGAGUGGCCACUCCCCCUAUGCCCUGGAGCGGGCAGCCCAUGUCAGUGCUGACCCUCCCGAAGCCUCCAGUAAAAAGGCAGAGAAGGAGGCCAAGUUGGCUGCUCCGAGGGCAGGUGAACAGGGAGAGGCCAUGAAACAGUUUGACCUGAACUAUGGAAGUGCCAUCAUUGAAAAUUGCGGGUCCAGCCCCGGGGAGGAGAGUGAGGUGGGUUCUAUGGUGGGCGAAGGCUUCAUCGAAGUCCUGACCAAGAAGCAGCGCCGCCUGCUGGAGGAAGAGAGAAGAAAGAAGGAGCAGGCCGUGCAGGUGCCUGUCAAAGGUCGAGGCCUUUCCUCCCGUAUUCCUCCUCGAUUUGCAAAAAAGCAGAACAACUUAUGUCUGGAGCAAGGUGACGUGACCGUGCCUGGCAGCAGCCUGGGCACUGAGAUCUGGGAGAGCAGCAGCCAGGCUCUCCCUGUGCAGGCCCCAGCCAAUGACUCCUGGAGGAAAGCUGUCACUGCCUUCAGCAGCACCGAGACUGGCUCUGCAGAGCAGGGUUUUAAGAGCAGCCAGGGAGAUAGUGGCGUUGACUUGAGUGCCGAGUCUCGGGAGUCGUCUGCGACCUCCUCGCAGCGCAGCUCCCCAUAUGGGACUCUGAAGCCAGAGGAGAUGAGCGGGCCCGGCCUGGCGGAACCCAAGGCCGACAGCCACAAGGAGCAGGCUCCAAAGCCGUCUGAACAGAAGGAUUCAGAACAAGGCUCUGGACAGAGCAAGGAGCACAGACCAGGACCCAUCGGCAACGAGCGUUCUCUGAAAAACAGAAAGGGCUCGGAGGGGGCCGAGCGGCUGCAAGGGGCUGUCGUCCCGCCUGUUAACGGGGUGGAGAUUCACGUGGACUCCGUGCUGCCUGUGCCACCCAUUGAAUUUGGAGUCAGUCCAAAAGACUCCGAUUUCAGCUUGCCACCUGGUUCUGCCUCUGGUCCUGCUGGGAGUCCAGUUGUUAAACUUCAGGAUGCCUUGGCCAGUAAUGCAGGGUUAACACAGAGUAUCCCCAUCCUGCGGCGGGACCAUCACAUCCAGAGGGCCAUCGGUCUCUCCCCAAUGUCCUUCCCCACCGCCGACCUUACUCUGAAGAUGGAGUCUGCGCGCAAGGCUUGGGAAAACUCCCCCAGUUUGCCGGAGCAGAGCUCUCCAGGCGGCGCUGGCUCAGGCAUCCAGCCUCCAUCCUCUGUGGGUGCCUCCAGCGGGGUCAACUACAGCUCCUUCGGUGGAGUGUCCAUGCCACCCAUGCCUGUGGCCUCUGUAGCACCUUCUGCUUCUAUGCCAGGCAGCCACCUCCCGCCCCUGUACCUGGAUGGCCAUGUGUUUGCAAGUCAGCCCCGGCUGGUUCCUCAAACGAUACCUCAGCAGCAGAGUUACCAACAGGCCGCCGCUGCCCAGCAGAUCCCGAUCUCCCUUCACACAUCUCUGCAGGCACAAGCUCAGCUUGGACUGAGGGGUGGGCUUCCUGUGUCCCAGUCCCAGGAGAUCUUCAGCUCUUUGCAGCCCUUCAGAUCUCAGGUGUACAUGCACCCCAGCUUGUCACCGCCCAGCACCAUGAUCCUCUCUGGGGGCACAGCCUUGAAGCCUCCAUACUCGGCGUUCCCAGGCAUGCAGCCCUUGGAGAUGGUGAAGCCGCAGUCUGGUUCACCCUACCAGCCCAUGAGCGGGAACCAAGCCCUGGUCUACGAGGGCCAGCUCAGCCAGGCUGCUGGCCUGGGUGCCUCCCAGAUGUUGGACUCCCAGCUCCCACAGCAGCUGACCAUGCCACUGCCUCGGUACGGCUCCGGGCAGCAGCCACUGAUCCUGCCCCAGUCUAUUCAGCUGCCACCUGGGCAGAGCCUCUCCGUUGGGGCCCCCCGAAGGAUUCCUCCGCCCGGGUCCCAGCCGCCAGUCCUGAACACCAGCAGAGAGCCCUCUCAGAUGGAGAUGAAAGGCUUCCACUUUGCCGACAGUAAACAGAAUGUCCCUUCAGGAGGCCCCGUGCCAUCGCCACAGACCUACAGGCCUAGCUCUGCUAGCCCCAGUGGGAAGCCCUCUGGAUCAGCAGUUAACAUGGGCUCUGUGCAGGGACACUACGUGCAACAGGCAAAACAACGAGUGGAUGAGAAACCCAGCCUGGGAGCCGUGAAGCUGCAGGAGGCCCCCUCGGCUGCCUCCCAGAUGAAGCGAACCGGAGCGAUCAAGCCUCGGGCUGUCAAAGUGGAGGAGAGUAAGGCCUGACAGUGCCUGGCUGCCACCUCGCCUCGCCCUACUGAGGACGGUGCCGCCAUGCGGCCUCGACACAGCCGACACUCGGGAGCCUCACCAGAUCCACCGUCCAAAUACGUGGCCCGGACUGAGAGACCUCCCUCCUCUCCACUCCCGAAAGCUCCGUUGUCAACCAGCUUGCACCCGUGGAUAUAUGGCAUUGACCCGCUUGCUUUGAUAUGAAACAAAAAAGCAGACGACUCCUUCAUCCCAUCUGCUCCUACCGUGACCGUGGAGUGACGCCUCCCGUGCAGUGCAGAUUUGCCCUCCCUGCCUCCUCCCUGUCCUGCCGCGCAGCCAGGGCGCCUUCUCAGCAGUGCUUCCGGCCCAGCCGCCCAUCCCUAGGCACAGUGAUUUGGCAGCAGGGUCAUUUUACUUUGAGGCUUUUUGUUUUAAAAUGUAGCCAAGGUUUUUACAAAGGGGAAAGGAAAAGAAAACAAAAACGCAAGCUCCAUGUGUAUAGCUGAACUUUUAUAUGUUUCUCGCCAGCCCCUCCGCUCCCUUCCAUCUCUAGCCUCUAUCCUGUUUAGUUUGAUACGUCACUGCAGUACCUUAAGAGGUGACUCUUAAGAAUGCAUCCCCUCCUGAUUGCUCAGCUGGUUCACCCUUGAGGUUAUUUGCAAAAAGAAAAGGAGGUUCUUGAGGGCACCGAUUGCGAGCAUUCUGGUGCCUGGCUCCCCGCCUGGGAAGCGAUGGGGUGCUCAGAGCAGCAGGCAGGUUGGGGGGAGGGGGGGUCACAGUUGGGUUCCAGCUCCCGGCUUGAUGAGCCCAGGGCGCUUACAGGCAGCCCAUGAAGUUGAUGACGGUUUUAGCAUGAGAAUCACACAGGGUCCCUGUCCUGGGCUCCUCUAAAGCCAGUGGAUGUGCUGGGCACCAGAGACAAAUCAUGGAGAUGGCUGCUGGUGGCUCCCAGGUUGGCCCAGAUGGGGUGAGCUGACACACCACAGGCCCAUCCCAGGCCCCGUGGGCUCUGCUUCUGGGGCUCCAUACCCUGCCCUGCAGGGGUGCUGUGUUUUUCACACAUUUCUUUCCCUGAAGCCUUCUGUAACCUGUCAUUUUCCUUUCUUCCUCUUCCGGAGCCUGCUGCUUUCUCUGGACCCGUCUCCACCUCCCACACAGCUCAUCGUGAACGCCACUUGGUGAUGGAGGGAGUGGACCCGUGUGUGGUCCCCAAGUGAGGCCACUGGGAGUUUGUCCUUUUCCUCCUUUGCUUCACUCCCAGCAGCAGACCCAGGUUGUCAGGACAGGAGGGCCUGAGCUAAGCAGUAGGCAUCAGUCUCGUUUGUCUUCAGACGGCGGGGACAGGUCCAGGGUGAGGCUGGGUGGAGGGCUGACCAAGGUCCAAAGGGCCUGCGCAGCCUCCGGGAGGGCAGCUUCUCCAGCCAGAGGCUUGUGUGAGCCAUCGUGUGCUGGGCUUGUUGUUUUUAAGUAAGAAACAAGGAAAUCACUCCAGAUUCUGUCAUUCCAAGGAAAGGGAAGGGGACAGUUCAAGUUUCUCAGCUGUUCUUAGGGGUCACUGAGCGUCUACCUCCUCCUCCAGAGGAGGCUGGCUCAGAACACCUAGAGGAGGGGGCCAGGGAUGCACCCCCCACCAGAGGCUGCCUUCAGCGUCUCACGGGUGCAGGACAGCGCUCAGGCUUGGGCUCUAAGCUCUGUGUCUAGUGUAGAACAUGGGGAAGGAGCAUCUUAGGAACUGCUGAAGUAACUUCUUACUGCUCUCACAAUUCUAAGGAAGCAGGAGAACGGCCUCCUACCAACAGCGCCCACCCCAGAGCUGCCUGGGAAAGGGCAGUUUUACUGAAAGGUGCUUUACUGUUCACCUGCAUCUUUCAGCAGCUCCCCUCCUGCCCUCACCUGGUCUUUUCCCUCUUUAUCCCAAGCCUUUAUGCUUGAGUCCCUUCCCCAGGGGCUGCCCACCCGACAGUUCCAGGCAUUCCCUACCUGAGCUUCUUGUCUGCUUUUCCUUCUCCCACUGCAAGCGGCUGCUUGUGGGGCCUGGGAUGAGCCCUCUCUGUCCCCACCAGCCCUCCUUGCCAAGCCAUUCCUGGGUGAGUCCAGGCCUGCGGGAGCCACACAUUCAUCUCCACCUGGACACUUGAGCCGCAUGGCCAGACCCCUCCCACCUGACGCGGUGGUGCGUGUGAUUUGUCAAAAAGAAAGCCUUCUGGAUGCUGUUAAGAUGUACCCUUCAGGUGAACCUGGCAUCAGACCCACAGUACUUGCUGUUUGAGAAAAAAUAAAAACAAAAAGGUCACCUGUUCUCCAGCCCUUUUCUCUUACCUGGUAUUUCCUUCCUUUCUCCUCCCCCACCCCAAAUAAAAAAACAAAAAACACUAGAA